AUGGCCAUCCGCAUGGCCCAGGACCUCGGCCUUCAUCGCUCUGACACGACCGACCUCGAUCCGCGAGCGGCUUUCUAUAGUCACGCUCCGCCCAGUCCGAAGGGCAUUCGCGUUCCCACUAACCAACAGUCUACUCUUCAUCAACAAAAGUCAAGACUCGUCAUGUUUUGGUCUGUCUUCACCUUGGACGUCUAUGUCUCCUUGCUUAUGGGACGUCCACCCACCAUCAGACGUGCCGAGAUCGAGGUGCCGCUCCCCACCUCGGACGACAUGAAGCCGGUGCACCUCGACUUUGACGGUUCUCACAAGAUGUGUCACUUCAUCUUUCCUACAAUGGCACGUUCCAUGUACGUCUUUUCUGAAGCUGUCGAGCUGUUUAACUUAAACAAGGGCGCCGAAUCCACUUGCCCCCUUGAAAAAAUCGACGACCUUGAGAAGAAGGUGGCACAAUGCCACAAGCAGCUCGACGCUAUUCUUUUCUUCAGCACGGAUACCUACAGGAAGUCUUUGAGUGAUGGACAUGGCGGCCUCUUUUUGAUGCUCCACCUCUACUUCUACACCUUUGUCGCACUCUUAUCAGCCAGAAGAUCUCAAUCACUUAUUGCGCAUGAGAGGAGCAAGAGAUCUGCUCGGGUUGCUUGCCACAAGAUUUUGCAGACUCUGGUGAUUGCUGAAGCCAUCGACGAUAAGGGGUACACGGCGACUCCCUUCCUGGCAUAUAGCAUCUUUGUCGCAGCGUCCACGUUGCUGGAAGACAUGGAGGUCAACACCGGAGGAGCUGGCGAUUUCAUCACUGCAGUCGGUUUUGCCGAUAUCGAUUUUCUCAGCCAGAAGCUCCGCGAGAUGUCUCGCUUCUUUCACGGUGUGAAUGCAACCAUCGAUGCUAUCGACCUGAAGAGGCGCGAGGUCGGGGACCCGACAGCAGCAACAGCACAGAGGACGGGGAAGAUGCAGAACGUCACUCCGUUCUCGAGCUUCAAGACGGGGCUAUCAUCAACAGGUACACAAUUCCUACGAUUACUAACGAAGGAAACUCGAGCCUUUAAUAUGCACAACUACUUAUAA